CCUUGGCUUUACUCUCAAGACUUCACCAGGUCUUUUUGACUUUGAAGCCCUGGCCCCACUUUCAGGAACAACUCAGUCAACAUACACUGCUUAGUUCCCCAGUUUGGAUCCUCUCUACAGGUGUUUUCUCCAUCCUUAGGGGCCACUUCUGACUCUGUAAAGCUCCCUUACCCCCAUGGCCCUAGUUCCAGGGAAGUCAGUCCCCUCCUCUCUCGCUCCUGUUUUAUUCCCAGGCCUGGUCUCCUGUAUCCUUUCUUUGCCUUAUUUACUACUCUUUCCCUUCUUUCCUUAGUAAGAGGGACACUCCAUGCCUCCAACUCUCUUGUACCUCAGUUAUUUGAAGAGAGAAUGGGUGUGCAGAAUUCUUCCUCCCUGGCCUGUCAGGUCCAGAGAUAGAGGGAAGGCCAUAGAAAUGUGUGGUAGAAAGCUGGCUAGGGCUGAGGGUGGCCAAGAGGCUAGAGAAAUUAUUUGGGUGGAAGACACAGGAAGAACUCAUCUGGGUUCUGAGGAAGCAGGGUGUGUGGUGGGGAAGUAUGGAACAGAGCCCCAGGAAGGUCCAGAGCUGUGCUUUCAAGGUACUCUGACAUGGGACAGAGUGGGGUUCCAGAUGACAUUACUUCAUGCAUGGAUGAUACUCCCUCUGCCCCUCAUUGCUCCACCUCCUCCUUAGGUCAUGAUGUGUACUAGACCUAGAGAGGCCCCAGGACUCACCACUGUCCCAGCUGUCUCCCUGUCCCGCCUUCCUGCCGCCCGCCCUGCUGGCCGGUCCCCACGCCCACACACCCGGUGCUGCCUCAUCUGGCACUGAUUAUCCUGCUGCCGCCGCUGCUGCUGUUGCUGUUGCUGCUUCUGCUGCUGCUGAACUCAGCUGCCGCCUCCGGCUGAGGACCCCAGCACACUCCCCCCACCAUGCUGUCUGCUGCCCCAGCCUCCCUUCUGGGGCCCCUACUUACGGCCUGGGCCCUGCUGCCCUUCUUGCCUCUUGCCCAGGGCCAGACCCCCAACUACACCAGACCUGUGUUCCUAUGCGGAGGGGAUGUGACUGGGGAAUCGGGUUACGUGGCAAGUGAGGGCUUUCCCAACCUCUACCCCCCCAAUAAGGAGUGCAUCUGGACAAUAACGGUCCCUGAGGGCCAGACUGUGUCUCUCUCCUUCCGAGUCUUCGACCUGGAGCUGCACCCCUCCUGCCGUUAUGAUGCUCUGGAGGUCUUUGCUGGAUCUGGAACCUCUGGCCAGCGGCUUGGACGCUUCUGCGGGACCUUCAGGCCAGCGCCCCUAGUCGCCCCCGGCAACCAGGUCACCCUGAGGAUGACAGCCGACGAGGGCACAGGAGGACGAGGCUUCCUGCUCUGGUACAGCGGGCGGGCCACCUCCCGCACCGGCCCCCCCCCAGGCUCGAGGCGGAAAUGGGUCAUGGACCCGCGGGUGGAAUGGGCGGCCUGGGGUUACUGGGACGAGCACCAGUUUUGUGGGGGGCGGAUGGAGAAGGAACAGGGAACCUUGACCACGCCCAACUGGCCAGAGUCUGAUUACCCGCCGGGCAUCAGCUGUUCCUGGCACAUCAUCGCACCCCCAGACCAGGUGAUCACGCUGACCUUCGGGAAGUUUGACCUGGAGCCAGACACCUACUGCCGCUAUGACUCGGUCAGCGUGUUCAACGGAGCAGUGAACGAUGAUGCCAAGAGGCUGGGAAAGUUCUGCGGGGACACAUCCCCUGGCCCCAUCUCCUCAGAAGGUAAUGAGCUUCUGGUCCAGUUCGUCUCAGAUCUCAGUGUCACCGCCGACGGCUUCUCAGCCUCCUACAGGACCGUGCCACGAGGCACUGCUGAAAAGGGGCCAGCCCCAAACCCAGGGAAGGACACCAGGCCAGGUCCCCCAUCUCUAGGCCCUGGCCCAAAACCUGGAGCUAGGCCCAAAGUCAAGCCACCCACCCAGCCCAAACUCCAGCCUGGGGAGAAGUCAGAGGUCUCACCUGAAGCCCAGGCAACUCCACUGGGCCCUGAUACACCCAGUGUCCCUUGCCCAAAGCAAUGUCGGAGGACAGGCACACUGCAGAGCAACUUCUGUGCCAGUGAUCUUGUGGUGACUGCAACAGUGAAGUCCAUGGUUCGGGGUCCAGGAGAGGGUCUCACUGUCACUGUCAGUCUCAUUGGUGCUUAUAAAACUGGAGGACUAGACCUGCCCUCUCCGCCCACUGACACCCCCCUGAAGUUUUACGUGCCCUGCAGGCCAUGCCCCCUCAUGAAGAAAGGACUCAAUUAUCUGAUUAUGGGCCAAGUGGAUGAGAAUAGAGGUCCCAUCAUUCCUUCAGACAGCUUCGUGGUUCAACACCGGCCCAGCCAGGACCAGAUCCUCACCAACCUCAGCAAGAGAAAGUGUUCUUCCCAACCUAGGCAAGCUGCAGAGUCUCAGGCCUGAGAGCCAGGCCAGCUGCAGCCCCAGGUUCAUGUGCUGUCUUUCUUAUCCAAAUAAAUGUUUCUCAACUGA